ACACUAUCCACUCGUCCACCACACAGGGAGAAAGAUGGCUGCUCUGCUGCUGUUGUUGUUCACCAUUGGCGUCUCAGUCUUCACCUCUAAUGCACAGGAGGCUUACAACAACCUUCCUGAAGAUUACAAGAAAGGAGUGAACCUGGCUCUGGAAAAGCUGCACUCUCAUGCUGGAAUCCAACACCACUUUCUCUUCCUCAGAAGUGUGAUGAAGUCAGACACUGAGGUUUGUCUACUUUCAAAAUCACUGUGUGUGUUUGUCAUGCUGUGGCUGGUUAUUAAACCAAUUCCUGAGAUUUACCGUGAGUAAUAUCCUGUAGAAGAGCUCUUAUCACUGAAGAAUGCUGUGAUUUGAUCUGAGAAAACUCUUUUAAAAGCUCAUUAAUCUCCUCUUUUUUACUCUCUAGCCUGGUUUUGGUGUGAAAUACAUCUACCACCACUUCCACCUCAAAGCCACAAAGUGUCCAAAAGGAACAGUCGACGCCAGUGGAUGUCAGUUCAGGAACGACAGGGUAAGUUUAGUCUGAAUUGAAGCAGCCAGACUGGCAUUUGCAUGUGAAUGCCCAUCCUAACUUGUCUUUGUACCGUUUUGUUUGUGUGCACUCACGCAGCCGCUGAUCGACUGUGGAGUCUGUUACAAAAUGUUUGCAGGAGAAAUUGAACAGGAUCCCAAACCGUACAUUCACUGUGUCCACAGGACGACUCUCACGGAGGUGAGUUAGUCUGUUCACUUUGACUCCUACAUUCAGCAUAGGAAUAACUUCAUGAAAAUAUUUGGUUUAUCUUUAAAUUUAUCUGAUUUGCAGGAGAUGAAACAGGGAAGAGUGCAGCACUGCAACCAGAUGAGCUACAGCAGUGGGUCUCAUACUAUUCUGCUAUCAAGAGGUGAAAACUGAAGACUCGGGGAAGUCUAACUGUGGCUCCAUUUACAUUUAAUUCUUUUUAAAUCAUUGGUUUUGUCAUCGGUUUUCUUCUUUCAAUUUUUCUACAUGUGUGUCACAUCUGAAAUUCUGGUGUUUUCUUCCAUACAAGUUUGUUUUGUGUUGACUUUGUUGAACAAAAUUAUCAGUGGAGUUAAAACUAUGAACAAAUAAAGGUUAAAGUUUUCCAUUUUAACACCA